UACGAGACAAACUCGCCGUGAUAUAAAAACAUCAUUUUCCCCCCAAACUUGCCCUUUCUUUACAAGCCAAAACCCUAGUUGUUAGCGAGCAGAAGCAAAGAGCCUCCAAAAAACACUUCAACCCUCUAGCCAUGACAUUCAAGCGUAGGAAUGGUGGCCGAAACAAACAUGGCCGUGGCCAUGUCAAGUUCAUCCGCUGCUCUAACUGCGGCAAAUGUUGCCCUAAAGAUAAGUCAAUCAAGAGGUUUCUUGUGAGGAACAUCGUGGAGCAAGCUGCUGUCAGGGAUGUCCAGGAAGCCUGCGUCUAUGACACGUACACUCUGCCCAAGCUGUAUGUGAAGAUGCAAUACUGUGUUUCAUGUGCGAUCCAUUCCCAUGUUGUGAGGGUUCGGUCCCGCACUGACAGGAGGAAACGUGACCCACCUCAGCGCUUCAUUAGACGCAGGGAUGAUAUGCCAAAGCCUGGUCAGCCUGGUCAGGCUCCUCGUCCUGGUGUUGCCGCUCCUGCUCGUGCAUAAGGCUCUUGAAGUUUAAGAUGAAUUUGUAUUUCGUGUUUUGCUUUGAGAUAUCGUUGCUUGAAUUUUGAGAACUUGGAUCAUGUAGGGAGUCUUUUUUUAUUGUUUUAAAGUUCGAUACUUUGUUAAAUCUGGAAGGUAUUGAGUGGUUGAGAAUACAUGUUGGAACUUGAAACUUCAUAAUUUCUGUUUAGCUGCGUAUGAUUAUCCAAAAUGAAAA